AUACGAGAACCUAACCUAAUUUCUUGCUGCUUCGAGUCACAUCACUUGACAGCGCGCAUGCUUCGCGCGAGCGCCGGGUCGUCGUGGCACACGUUAUUGGCUCUCUAUCACGGAGCUGACACGACUACAAAUACUCGCGCCCGCGUCGACCUGACUUUCUCCCUCAUUCCCUCUGUGCACGUGUUAGACGGAUCCCCGCCUUUUUUGAGCCUCAUUAAGAGAUAUUCGACUCCGCUUGCGCUAGCUGCUCUUUCCUCCCGCGAAGCACCAUGCUUGAUCACGCAAGCAUUUCGGUGCCGAAAGACCAGUUCGAAGACGUGAUAGCUUGGUACAUCAAAGCGCUCGAGCCGCUUGGAUACAAGAAAAUCCACGAAUAUGCAGGCCUUGCCGUUGGUCUCGGCGACCCAAAACCUGAUUUCUGGAUCGGCGCGAGAGACGAGGGGCGAUCUGUUCAGCACAUCGCUUUCGGGGCGAAAGAUCGAGACACCGUAAGAAAAUUUUAUGAGGCGGCAAUUGCGGCUGGUGGAAAGGACAAUGGCGGACCGGGAGUUCGCAGUUCGUAUCAUGAGCACUACUAUGGCGCCUUUGUCUUCGAUCCAGUAGGAAACAAUGUAGAGGCUGUCUGCCACAGCCCAGAAUGAACGACGAGGUAGUAAACAAAGCAAUAUAGUUCUAUUCGCUUGGACACAUGGAGAACAAUAGGAUUACGAGUCCCGUGCUAUAGUUACAUAUUACGUCUCUUUUAGG